AUGGCAAGGGGUACCAGGUUCGGCCGGGGUGUUGUACAGCUUGCAUACAAGAAGGUUGAGCCUAAGGACUCCACAUUAAACGUCGUACAGAAGAGUUGGAUGAUUAUACAUCUGCUUUUCUAUCUUUAUCAUAAAUCUACAUGUAAGGAAUAG